AUUGAUACCUGAGUUGAGCUGACACGACACGAUUUAUAAUUACAUUUACUUUACUCCUUCCCUCGGACAGGUUGCUUCCAACAGAUACCUGUCGCUUGCUAAUUGAGUAGUGAUCGUUAGGGUUCUCCAGAAGGGGGGAGUCGCUUUCUCUCUCGCAUAUCCAUCGAUUUCCCAAAUUAUUGUCCAGAUCUAUUGCUGAAUUCCCCAAAUAGAAUUCCCAAAAUGUAUGGAUUUGAAGCUUUAACGUUCAACAUUCACAGCGGUUAUCUGGAGGCAAUCGUCAGGGGCCACAGAUCCGGACUGCUCACUGCUGCCGAUUACAACAAUCUCUGCCAGUGCGAGACCCUAGACGACAUCAAGAUGCACCUCUCCGCCACCGAAUACGGCCCUUAUCUGCAAAACGAGCCAUCGCCUUUACAUACGACUACAAUUGUGGAGAAGUGUACUCUUAAAUUGGUUGAUGAGUAUAAGCACAUGCUGAGCCAAGCUACAGAACCCUUGUCAACCUUUUUGCAGUAUAUCACAUACGGCCAUAUGAUCGAUAAUGUUGUCCUAAUUGUAACUGGAACAUUGCAUGAGAGAGACGUUCAUGAAUUGUUGGAGAAAUGCCAUCCGUUGGGAAUGUUCGACAGUAUUGCAACACUGGCAGUCGCACAGAAUAUGAGGGAGCUUUAUAGACUGGUGCUUGUAGACACUCCCCUUGCUCCUUACUUUUCCGAAUGCAUUACUUCUGAGGACUUGGACGACAUGAACAUUGAAAUCAUGAGGAAUACCCUCUACAAGGCAUACCUUGAGGACUUCUAUGAUUUUUGCCAGAAACUUGGAGGUGCCACUGCAGAGAUAAUGUCUGACCUGCUUGCCUUUGAGGCUGAUCGCCGAGCAGUUAAUAUCACCAUCAAUAGCAUUGGGACUGAGCUUACUCGAGAUGAUCGUAGAAAAUUAUAUUCCAAUUUUGGCUUGCUUUACCCUUAUGGCCAUGAGGAACUUGCUGUUUGUGAGGAUAUAGAUCAGGUUCGUGGUGUCAUGGAGAAGUACCCUCCUUAUCAAACAAUUUUUGCCAAGUUAUCUUAUGGGGAGAGCCAGAUGCUUGACAAGGCAUUUUAUGAAGAGGAGGUGAAACGACUUUGCUUAGCAUUUGAGCAACAGUUCCAUUAUGGUGUAUUCUUUGCAUACAUGAGGUUGAGGGAGCAGGAGAUCAGAAAUUUGAUGUGGAUAUCUGAAUGCGUGGCUCAGAAUCAGAAGUCUAGAGUGCAUGAUAGUGUUGUUUUCAUCUUUUAGUUGAUUUACAACUAUUUUUGGAGCCUUACAUUUUAUGUAUAUUCAGUUCCCAGUUGGUCCCUUGAUAAAUUAUGAGAUGGUGUCCUGCGCUUGGUCGAUUUCAAAUAAGCUGUGAUGUGGGCUUGAUCUGUUAACUCUGAUUGGAGAAAUCUUGUACCAAUAUAUCCUAGUAAAGAUUCUUCUAUGUAUGAUUCCCCAAGGUACUCUUGAUUUACAGGUUUUAUGAGGCUUUUUUCCCCAA